AUGCCUGAUUGUGAAUACGACUUAGGCACAAAGGAAAAUAACUAUCAGGCAGUGAAAGCAAAACUGAAUGCACUCAUUGCCAAAGCAACCUUUAAUUCAAUCCAGGCAUGGCCUGGUAAAACUGCCGCUGGCCUGAAAGCUGCUGGCUUGACCCUUCGAUUGAACCUCGACCACCCCGAUAUUUCUGUGCUCGACUUCUGCGGCAAACCUUCAGACAUGAAAAACGGUCAAUUGCAACGCAUUUUGACUGCAUUUGGGGCUGAGGGUCAAACGAUUGGCAAAGAAAGUCAAAUCAAAUCCAACUACCAAACAAACCCCAAAAAGGACGAACAUACACGAGAGUUCCCCACCAACCUUGUCAAAUGA